UUUAUGAAUUAAAAUAAAUAUCAGUGGCAUUUGCGUAAAUCUCUUAUAUAAAAAAAAAAAAAUAAGGCGCAACUGCGCCUAUGCCAAUCUACAACGCUAUCCGCUCCAGCUCCCAUUCCAGAUUUUCCUGUUAGGGCUCCGCCGAUCUGGUAACCAGUGAGGGUUUCAGGAGGCAGACAUGAGGGUUCAUCCGGCUCCGAAGAAGAGGAGCAUAACGUUCAGGUAUGGAGCUAACGCGAGCUUCUCUGCAGCUGAGGCGAUUCUUAGCCGGCAGAAGAAGCUCCGUCGCCUCCCCCACAUAUUUAGCAAGGUUCUCGAGCUUCCCUUCAGAGCGGAUGCCCAUGUUUCUGUCGCGGAGGAUCCCGAUUGUUUCCGAUUUGUGGCUUCUGUCGUUUCCGGGUUCGACGGCGGCGUGCGCGCUCACGCGAUACAGAUCUACCCUGGGGUUAUGAAGGUUGUGAUAAGGGAAUCGGAAAUGGAUGGUGGCGAUGAUCCCGUUUUUGUCGACGAUCUGGAUGUGGAAGAUCUCGAACUAGACCGGUGGAGGUUCCGGCUACCGCCGGAGACCCGGCCAGCGCUCGCCACGGCGGAGUAUGUUGAUGGAGAGCUCAUCGUUAUUGUUCCAAAGGGACCGGAUUCUGAUGGUGCUGAAGGUGAGGUGGAUGAUGGAUUGGGAGGCGAUUUUAUCGACAGCGACAUUAAUCGGCUUGUUCUUGUACAGUAACCCUCUAUCCCUCUCACCAAUCUCCUUCUUUUUCUUCACACGCUCUCUCCCUCCCUACCUACGUUUCACGAUUUGUCGCGAUCAUCUGGCCACGAAUUGGAACUUUUAUGUAAUCGUACCUUAACUGGAUCGAAAAUUAAACCCUCUUUAUUGUAUAUAAAAUAAGGGUAUUAAAUUUUGAGCUUGCUUUUCUGCCAAUUGGAUUCAAUUCAGAAGAAACAUGCUUUAAAACCCUAACUCAUUAGAA